AUGAUCGAUACCGACAACCUUCGUACAGCUUCGCUGUAUAUCAACAACCAGCUCCUUUCCAGAGGGUUGCUUCGCGAUGGCCAGAGCAUUGAUUUCGCCGGUGCGGCGUUUGAUGGCCAUGAUGCUGCAGCUACAAUGGGACGUAUUGUCAGCGUCCUGAACGAUUUAAUACUUCGAAGAGAUCGUGAUGCAGAACAUCGUGAAUCUCUAUCGACAACCAUGCGCACCCUACGCGCCGAUAACCUCAAGCAUACCAACGACAUUGCACGACUUACAGAGAAACAUAACGAGGCCAAGAGGAAGCUCGACAUCGCAGAAGCUUCAGAAGCCGCACUCAAAACCCAGAUGAAAUCCGCCGACGCCGCCAUUCGCGGCUUGAAGGAAGAAGUCGCCCGCACAAAGGGACUGGUCGCCCAAGCACGCGCUGCAUGUGCGACAGACGUACGUAGACGAGAUCGUCAAAUUGAUACCCUAAAGAAGCAGCUCAACGAAGCUGGACGCGCACGAGGAGCACGAAGCAACCCCGGCGUAACCUCGAUUACCAUCACAGGCGAUAUCGGCGAUGACAAGACUUCCUCAACGCGAGGCGCCCGCACAUCGACAGAUGAUUACAACUUGCGCAAUGAGACGAAUGCUUUCCUGGCAAACCUGGCUCAGAAUCUUAGUGAAGAGAACGAGGCCAUUCUCGUCGUGAUGCGAAAGACAAUGAAGCAACUGCGGGACAUGAGCGGUUGGAAUAAUGACAACCAGGAUACCCUUGUCACUCAACAACAAGGAUGGCAAGACAUGGCUACAGAGCUGGACUCUGUACUGGAGCACAUGCGGACCAUCUUGACGAACCCCUCGUUCGUGCCAAUCGAAGAGGUCAUGGUCCGAGAGGAAGAAAUCAGCCGUCUCAAGGAUGGAUGGGUCAAGAUGGAAAGCCGCUGGACUGAAGCAGUUCAUCUGAUCGACGGCUGGCGAAAGCGCAUGGCUGCUAACGGACGGCCAAUCUGCGAUGAAGAACUCCAGAUGGGACUACGUCUCAGUCCUGUGAGAGUAAGGGAUGUGGAGGAAACGAGACACGCAUCUGGUCUAAGGCUCUCGGCAGUCGCUGAAGAGGAAGAGGAGGAAGAUGAAGAGAUGCACAACUCGCCAUGCCCGUCACGCUGCUCUCCAAGCGUACAGCUUGUUCCAGAGUCAGAACCGGAGGAUGAGGGUCAUGGCCAUGAAAGUGAUGCUGAAUCUGAUUACGACGUACCAAUCGACGAUUACGAUGUUGAUGAGCCUAAUGUGCAAAUCCUCCAACAAUCCACCGCAGCUCCCCUUUAUCAUCGGGAGCAAGAAUCUUCACCACUCCCCGAACCUCCCCAACUCAGUCCUUUGAAGGAUUCCGCCUCUGCAGGAAACAGGGGCUCUCACCGGCCCAAGCAACCGGGCAAGAGAGACUUUACCACGAUAGCUGAAGAGGAUAGUUGGGAUCACCCUGGACAGAUAGACCCGACCCCUAUAAAGUUCAACCCUGAAGCUCGAGACCGAGUCUCGUCCAGCUCUUCCCUCGACGAAGUGCUUCUCAAGUCAUCCAAUGUUGCCCCUUCUGAGGCAAAGCCUACUACUCCCAGUCGACAAAGCUCUCAACGCAGCGAUCAAAACGAAGCAAACCCAGGCUCACCUAACCGUUCCCCUCGCCGAACUGCGUCUCGGCUUCCACUCCCGAGAAAUGUCGACCCCGUUCCUCAGCAGAGCCCCCUUACUAUGGCCACCAUCGCGGCCAAACUGGCCGCUUCAGAGCGUGAUGCCGAUGCUGCUCGUGUCCGAGCCAAACUUCGAGCUGCCCGUAGCGCCCGCGGAGUUAAGAAGCCCAACAUCACUCCGUCUGAGCCCCAAGCCGCCGAAUCUCCUGCCAAGGAAUCAGAACUCAAAAGAAGUGGUCUCGAGAACGUGGAUCCUGUGAAGAGGGACCCGGCUCCGGCUGAUGGUCAGUUGAAGCCCGAGAAGAGGCGCCGUGGUCAUAAAACGAGUAAGAGUGCAUCGCGGCGAAGGAGCACACUAAGCCCCUGGGAACUUGAAAGCUUGAUGAAUGGAAACGUACAGUAA